GUUCAUAGACACAGACGUAAUAGACGAAUAGAUAAAAAGCAGAGGACAGGGAGAGCUACUCUCCCUUCAUUUGCCAAUGCUUCGCUACAUUUUGUAACGUUCAAACUUUCAUACUUCAAAUCCUCUUUCUUCUUUUUCCCCCAAUAUUAUGAUUCUCUGCUGAAUAAAGCUUCUUCACUUUUCUCUUCUCCUUUUUCUCAUUUCUUCUUUCCCUCUGCUGCUGUAACUGCCUUUUUCUUUCUCUACUAAACCAGCUAAAAAGAGAGGCUGCCCGAGAGUGAAGACAUGGUCCUUGGAGCUAACGGCGUCGUUUGGAUGGGCGGCGAGGAGGAAGAAGAAGAUGCGAUUUCUUCUUGGACGCGGAACAACAAUAACGACGGUAACGCCAAUAAUGAAUUUGAGACUAAAGAGGACGACUUGGCUAUGUCUGCUGCUUCUCUUUCCUCCUUCAAAUCCAUGCUGGAUGCUGAUUGGUACAUUAACCCGGCUAUGAACCAGGACCUUCAGAUCAGAGACCUUGGUUUUUGCUCCAACCAGGUGGAUAACAGUCUCCUUCUUCACCACCAGAUUGAUUCCUCUGCUUCUUGUUCUCCCUCCCAGGCCUUCACGCUUGACCCUUCCCAGUCUCACCCUUUGUUGCCUCCUAAAUCUUGCUUCUCUUCUCUCCUCAAUGUUUCCUGCCACAACCCUUUUGAUAAUGCCUUUGAUUUCGCCUCCGAACCGGCUUUUCUCGCUCAGUUUCAGCCGAAUCCCACUCCGAAUUUGAUGGCUUUCCCCCAGACUCAAAUGGGUACUCCUGAGUUCAGUUCGAGCUCUGAGUUUCAAGGUACAAGAUUGUUCGCAGGAACUGAAAAUGCUUCUCCUUUGAGCGGUGGGUUUAGUGCUGGUGGUUUCGAUGGGUCAGGGAAUGUCCCGUUUGUGAACAGAGCAAAGACUUUGAAGCCCCUUGAAGUUUUCCCUUCAGUUGGUUCUCAACCAACUUUGUUUCAGAAGCGAGCAGCCAUGCGGCAGGGCUCUGGCGGGUCUGAUAAAUUGGGGAAUUUGGAUGUCUCAGAGCUGAGAUUUGGAGGGGAAGCAUCAGAUGGAAAGAGGAAGAGACAUGGGGAAUUGGAUAUUGAGGAAGCCAGCAUCGAUGUGUCGGGUCUGAAUUAUGAUUCUGAUGAGAGGAAUGGUGAUUGCAAAUUGGAGGAGACUGUGAACAAUGGUGGUUGCAACUCAAAUGCAACCAGUACAGUUACUGGUGGUGGAGACCAGAAAGGGAAGAAAAAAGGGAUGCCGGCAAAAAAUCUGAUGGCGGAGAGACGGAGGAGGAAGAAGCUCAACGAUAGGCUUUACAUGCUUAGGUCUGUGGUGCCCAAGAUUAGCAAGAUGGAUAGGGCUUCAAUACUUGGGGACGCCAUUGAUUAUUUGAAGGAGCUUCUGCGAAAGAUUAAUGAUCUCCAUACUGAACUUGAAUCCACUCCACCUGGCUCUUUGAUGCCACCAUCUACAAGUAUCCACCCAUUGACUCCGACCCCACCUACCCUUCCAUGUCGUGUGAAGGAAGAACUAUGCCCCAGCUCUUUGCCGAGCUCUAAAAGCCAACCCGCAAAGGUGGAGGUUAGGGUAAGGGAAGGAAGGGCUGUCAACAUUCACAUGUUUUGUGCUCGCAGGCCAGGUCUCUUGCUCUCCACUAUGAGAGCUCUAGACAACCUUGGAUUGGAUAUACAACAAGCUGUAAUUAGCUGUUUCAAUGGGUUUGCACUGGAUGUGUUCCGAGCUGAGCAAUGCAGGGAAGAGCAAGAGUUAAUGGCUGAGCAAAUCAAAGCAGUACUUCUUGAUUCAGCUGGUUUCCAUGGGAUAAUGUGACUUGAGUAGCUUGUCUUGGGGUAGUUUAUAAACUCAGUUUGCUGCAGCAUCCCAUUGGUGAAGGACCCAUUUCAAGCAGAACAUUUGUAGGUGGCGCAAGCAAAGCAUCUUUAGCUGAUAAUGUUAAUUACUUAGUGUUUAUUUGAGAAGUACAACAUUCUGAUUUGCAGUUUUUAUUUAGUAAUUUCAGCUUUUUUAAAUAAAAAUAUCUCCUUAUUUUA